AACAAAUCGAGCUGGAGAAAAAAAAGUGUCUCAGGCUUUUGAGCCGAACACUGAUCCCACCACUUAGCAAAAAUGGCGAAUGACAAGGAUCCUCUGAAACAGUUGAAAGAUCUGACGCAGCUCAAAAACCAGUUAGAGGAAAUCCAGAGGCGAGUAGAGAGCGAGAUUUCUGUGGGAAUCCCUCAGGGAGGCUCAGUGUUGGGAUCUCCAUUUCUGAAGGGCUUUCUGGCCGGCUAUAUGGUGGCCAAGCUCCGCUCCUCUGCCAUUGCAGGAGUGCUACUGGGAACAAUCACUGGCAUGUACGUGGCACAGAGCUAUCAAGUGCCCAACAUUGAAAGGACCGUGAGAGACUAUCUGAACAACAUGAAAAAGGGACCAAAGUAAUUUGGGCUGGUGCUGGUCCUGGCAUUGACAUAACACGCACAAGAGGAAGAAAUACUGCUGCAGCUGCUGGCUUGUCAGUGGCUCACAACAGAUCAGCCUUCAAGUGUUCUGUGUAGACUGGACUAUGCAUAUUAUGAUGUAACUGGAAUUUCACUGGGGACUCAAAGACUUACUUUUAUUUCCAUUUUGUUUCAGGUUUGGUUAAAUAAUACUGUUUAAUUUCCACUUGUAUCAAGAUGUAAGACCUUGUACCUACAAGGUUUUAAUGUUUGGCCAUCAGAAUUCUUACUUGUCCCAUUAGAUUUUGAAUCGCUUAUGUGUAAAACAUGCAGUAAUUCCUGCAAAUGUUUCCUACAGAUUUAAAUGUUCAGCUUAUACCAUAUUAUAGAGAGUUAUACAUAGAGUAGUGCAUCUAAGUAUUUUAUAAUUGAAAGUGUUGACAUUUAUAGCUGUUUAAUUUAAAAAUUAUUAUUCAGAA